UUUUUAUUUUGUUUUAAAUUUGCAAUUAAUCCAAACCGGCUUUGGCCAAAUCUUCAUGCACCUAAAUCGAGUCUCUGGGCUACGAAGCGGUAACUCCUCCGGGGCAGCCAACUCCGUCACUUUCCGGGCUCGGUUCAGGCAGGCCCUGGCUGCUUGGGACCCAAGCAACACCUCCGCCUCGCGGUCUGUGCCCUCGGACCCUUGCCCUACGCCCGGGAGCCCGAGACCACCACGCUCCAGCCUGGAGGGCGUGCCCGGGCUCGGCCGCCUACUCCGCGCCUGUGCCCGAGGCGGUGCAGUUGGACUGAGCCACCGAUCGGAGCCGGGAGCCGAGAUGGAGCCUUCCGUUGCCAUGGAGUUGCCCGCGCCAAACCAGAGCGGCAACAACCGCCGCUGAGUCACCACAGCCUGGGGACUGCUGCAGCAACCACUGAGGAGCCAUUGUCCAGGGACCCCCGCCGCUCAGGGCCGGCUGCCGAGGGACCGAGACUCAGGAGCCCGCGCCACUCCGACCCAGGCCCGCGGAGAGCUAAUUUCUGUCUCCCAAUAUGGAAGAAGAUGUUAGCCUAUUCCCCAGGGAGGAGCUUCUGGAAAACAUCUCCCUUUUGGAAUAUGAAGGAGAUAAAUUAGAGGAACCAGAGUUCGAGGUUGAAUCUCCUCCUCAGGAAGCAGAGAAGGACGCUGUCCCCGGCUACCACUGUUCAGUGAAAGAAGAUGACGCUGAUAAAACGAAGAAAAAAACAUCUGUCGAAGACAGAAUUCAAGCGUUUCACCUACAAAAGGACUUGAACUACCAAGAUAAAAUGCACAAAGAGAAAGAUCUCUUCAUUCAGAAAACAAGCAGGGAACUGCGUGCUUGUCAGCAGAGGAUGGACAGCCUCCGCAGACAGCAGGCCACCGUGGCAGGCGAGAUCACUCUGCAGAGGGAGGCCAGCAACACAGCAGCCAUGGGCCGUCUCCAGGCAGUGUCCAGACGCCUGUGCACAGAACUGGAGGACGAGAGAGGCCUGCAGUCAAGACUCACAGCCGCGCUGAAGGAGAGCGGGAAUGCCAUGUGGCACGUAGAGAUGGAGGAGGAGCAGUGUAAGGACUUCCAGAAGUCCAAGCAAGAGGAGGCGGAGGAGGCAAGGAGGUGUUUCCAGGCCCAUGCAGACCAGCAGCUCCGGAGGGAAAAGGAGGCCCUGGGAAAGGCAGAGAGGAACCGGCUGCUGAGGAUCCGGAAGUCCUUUCACAUCCAGAAGGAGUAUGGACUCAGACACCAGAAGCUGGUGGAAGACAUCCAGAAGAAUCACAGGAUCGCAGUGAAGUUUCUGAAGGCCUCCCUGGGACGAAUUCGAGAGCAAGAGAGGAAGGAGGAGAUGGAGUCUCGUCAGUACAUGCAGAGGCGCAUGGAUGCAGUGCUGGCGCUCAAGAAUAACAUCACCGCAAACCGGGAAACACUGCGGAAAUUUCAAGCAUGGGGCCAGGCCAAGGCAGAGUUGGCUGAGCAGAAAGUCCAGGCUGAGAAGGAGGCAAUUCUGGCCCAGGGCGGGGAUGCCUUCAAGCAUCUCUUCCAUCAACGCAAGCAACAGGAGUUAGAGGCCCAGCAGCGGGCCUUUGAGGAGGAGCAGAAGCUUAGAAAGCAGGAGAUCGUAAGUCGGAUUCUGAAAGAGGAGGCCGAGGAGGAAACCAGGAGGAAGAAACAGCACCGCCCUGCCAAAAUCAGGGACCGGAGGACUUCAAGAGACAAGACCUGGAGCUACAUCUCCGACCUCUGCGAGGGGAAGACCGCAGUAACUGCCAGCUUCCCGCCGGAGAACGACCUCACUGCAGACCCAGAACCCACUUCGUUAGCACAGGUCGUCUCCAGCGAUUCCGUCCAUGGGAACUUGGCGCCCAGCACCAACCCAGAUGAGGAGACACUGGCUGAGCCAGAAAUCUCCGGGCUUUGGAAUGAAGACCAUAAGCUGUACCAGGUGCCCAAGGAGGAAGUGGAUCAGAAGCCCGUGGGUGGGACGAAGAUGGACAAGGACAUCCUGGCCCGCACCAUGGAGCAGCUACGGAGUGGGGUGGUCCGCAAGCAGGUGGUGUCAGGGCAUGAGUUCAAAGGCCGCCCCUUCAACAGCAAGCCGGAGCUCAUCCACUUCAAGGACUUUGAUAUUGGCAAAGUAUACAAGAAGAAGAUCACGCUGAUAAAUGCCACCUACACAAUUAACUACUGCAAGCUGGUGGGCGUGGAGGAGCACCUCCGGGACUUUAUCCACAUUGAGUUCGACCCCCCUGGCCCCAUGUCAGCUGGGAUGUCCUGCGAAGUGCUUGUCACCUUCAAGCCCAUGAUAAAUAAAGAUCUAGAAGGAAAUGUCUCAUUUUUGGCUCAGACGGGAGGAUUUUCUGUUCCACUAAAAUGUUCAACGAAAAAAUGUUCUCUGUCCCUGGACCAGGAGCUCAUUGACUUUGGCAGCUAUGUGGUGGGUGAGACUGCAUCCCGGACCAUCACACUGACCAAUGCUGGGGGCUUGGGCACAAGAUUCAGGUGCCUCCCGGCCUCCGAGCUCUGCGAGUUGGAUGACUCCUGGUCCAUACUGAAAGUGAGCAGUCUCCUCACAUACGAAGAAAAGAGUAUUUAUGAAAAAAUCAUCACCGGUCUUUCCGAGCAACAGUUUGAGGGCGAUUCCUCCCCUGUGGAUGUGCAGAGCUGGAAGGAGUCAGGGAAGCCGGACAGCAAGGACCAGGAGGAAGCACGUCCUGGAGAACCAGAGAGAACAUCUGUACCUACUGCCCUGGCAAUGACUUCCAGCGAGGAGCAGACAGAGAUCGCAUUGGGGAAGAUAACAGAGGGAGAAAUUGGCCCCUUUAGCUCCAUCAAAGUGCCUGUUAUCUUCACUCCAGUCAUCCCAGGAGAGAUCCAAACCAAGUUCAAGGUCAUGUUUAAGAACCCGCAGUGCCCCACAUUAUAUUUCAGAGUCGUUGGCGUUGCUAUUGACGUGCCAGUCUGGGUGCCCAAGCCCCACGUGGAUCUGAAAAUCUGCAUGUAUGACCGGCUAUACCAGGACUCCAUCACCGUCCACACUCGGUCUAAAGUGGCCCUGCGCCUGAAGUUCGACGUGUGCAAGGAGCUGAGGGGCCAUAUUGAGCUCCUGCCUGAGACAGGCUACAUUCAGGCCCUGUCCUCUUACUCUGUGCAGCUCAAAUUCCUGCCCCGAGUCUCCCUCCCAGAAGAUGCAGGGAAGUAUUUUGACAAGGAAAGCCGAGUUCUGGAGGCCCCGAUGACUAUAUGGGUGGCUGAUCAGAUCAAACCACUGGAGUUCACUGUCCACGCCAUUGUCACCACCUCGGACUUGGAGGUCAGCCCCUCAGAGGUGGACUUCGGCUACUGCACCGUCUACGAGGCCAUCAGGACGGAAAUCAGCCUCCACAACCACUCACUGCUGCCACAGGAGUUCGGCUUCGUGGGCGUGCCCAAGUUUGUGGACAUCCAGCCUAACGAUGGGUUUGGGACAAUCCUGCCCCUGGAAACUCUGCAUCUUGAUGUGAUCUUCCAGCCCCUCAAAGCCAAAGAAUACAGCUUCGAGUUGAUCUGCAAAUCCGAGAUUAACCGGUCCUUCAAGCUGUCUUGCCGAGCCGUGGGUGUCCACCCGCCCCUGGAGCUGUCCCACUACCAAAUCAAGUUUGCGGCCACUGCCUUAUAUGGCACCUCUGUGGCCACACUGUACGUCAUCAACUCUCACCUGAGCAUGAACUCGCUGACCCACUCUGUGCCCCGCAUUGGCUCGGGGGAUGCCGCCCCGGUGGGGCCAACAUCUUUCGAGUUUCUGCUACCCCCAGACUCUCCCAUCACCAUCUCACCCUCAGUGGGGACCGUGUUACCAGGAAAGCGGUCCCUGGUCCAGGUGGCCUUCCGGCCUGUGCUGCCUGACAAACUGAUCCGCCAGGAAGCCUUUCAGGCCCUGAACAAAGAAACUGAGACCAAACCGUCCCGAAAGGACACAGCCGCCUUGAGGAGGGAACUGCGGAAACUGUCCCUCUCAGCAGUUCGAUUACAGGGCCGGGAUCGGCCAUUCCGGGUCUCCACCCCCAACACCCUGGAGCUGCAGAAGGAGAAUCUCAAAACCAGCUCCGAAGAGUACCAGGCUGCCCAAGCUGCCCUGGUCAGAGCUUUCCAGGGGAAGUUUGACAAGUUCGUGGUCCCCUGUGUUGUCGCCAGUGGUGACAUCAAAGACAGGAAGGGACUGGAACCCAUGAGCUUCAGCCCUCACAACACCCUGUUUUUGGAGUUGUGGUGUCCGGCAGUGGCCCCGUCUAUCGUGGUGACAUCCGACAAAGGCAAGACCGCCUUUAACUUCGGUGACGUUGCUGUAGGACACCAUGGCAUAAAGAAGGUCUCCAUCCAGAACAUCUCCCCAGAGGACCUUGCCGUGGAGUUCUCAGUGCUGAACCCUAAUGGCCCCUUCCUCCUGCUGAACCCCUCCAGCCAGCUGCAUACGGGCGAGACACAGGUCCUGGUGCUGUCCUUCUCCCCCCGCGAGAGCACCCUGGCUCAAGAAUCACUGGACAUCAUCACCAAGAGAGGCACGCUCACGCUCACCCUCACGGGCACUGGCGUGGCAUCCACCAUCACGUGCUCCAUUGAAGGGGACGUCCUCAACAUGGGCUAUGUGAUCGCCAGGGAGUCUGUCUCCGUGAGCUUCAAGCUGCAGAACAACUCCUCGCUCCCCAUCAAGUUCUCCAUGCAGCUGGACAGCUUGUCCAGCAAGAGGGUCGAGGACCAGCAGCAGCUGCCAACGUUCCUGGCCUCCCCGGCCCAGAGGACGGAUGUUGUGGGUACUCAGAACCACAACGGCCAGAGCGUGUUCAGUGUGGUGCCAGUGGAAGGUGUUAUGGACCCUGGAAAGGUGCAAGACUUCACCGUGACUUUCAGCCCGGACCACGAGAGCCUGUACUACUCUGACCAGCUCAGGGUGGUGCUCUUCAAAAAGAAACUCUCCCAGCAGAUCCUCCUGAAGGGCGCAGCCCGGGAGCACAUGAUGUUUGUGGAAGGCGGAGACCCCCUGGACGUGCCUGUGGAGUCUCUGACCACGAUCCCUGUGUUGGACCCGGAGCACAGAGAGGAAGCCGAGGAGCUGAAACCUAUCCUGGUGACCCUGGAAUAUGUCCAGUUUGACAAGGACACCCCAUCCCCACCCGCCACCCGAGAGCUACAGGUGGGCUGUAUCCGGACCACCCAGCUGUCUCCAAAGAAGACUGUCGAGUUCAGCCUGGACAGCAUCACAUCUCUGCAGCACAAGGGCUUCUCCAUCGAGCCGUCCAAGGGCUUUGUGGAGCGCGGCCAGACCAAAACCAUCAGCAUCUCCUGGCUGCCACCCUCUGACUUUGACCCGGACCACCCACUCAUGGUGUCAGCCCUGCUGCAGCUCAGGGGGGAUGUAAAGGAGACCUACAAAGUCAUCUUUGUAGCCCAGGUGGUGACCAGCUCCUGAGGCCAUAAGAGCCUCUCCACAGAGCCCCCACAGACUGUGAGGCAGGCCAAACCCAGGCCUGGGACCUGGGCAUCUCCUGCAGGGCAGGUCCAAGUGGAUAGCCUCUCACCCACAGCCACUUCCUACUACCCUGGAGUCAGCAAGCCCAGGGUGCAAGGGCAACUCCCCUCCUGAAUCCCACUCUCAAAACCGGCAAUAAAGCUAACUAGCCUUCCCCAGCAGAAUGAGUAGCAAGCAUCCCAGCCCACUGCCUGCACAUCGCCUGAGCGCCUCAGAGCCCCCGACCCUAGCACCUGCUCAGCCUUUAGAAGUCCUGCAGAGAACCUCCCCCGCAGCCCUGUCAAACUCCAAGCCCGCAGUAGAUGGCUGCAAGUUAUUCACCAGGGCAAGGACAGCGUGAGAAGUGGAGACAGAGCCUUGGGGGAGCCUCCCCCUCUGCACACACGUCCACCAAUCCAUGAAACAACAAACUGCCUGGCAAGGGCCUCCCAACGAGUGUGGUAGUCUCACCAGAGACCUAUGGGGAGUCCAUUCUGGCCCAAAGCCUGGAACACUGGGUGGUGCAGGCAACUCAAGGUGCUAGGGGUACCAGGCCAGAGCUGAGACUGACCCAGACUCAGAGGCCCAGGUAAGAGGGAGAGCCACAGGGGGCUCCAGUCCCUCCAAAGUUCCAGGACUCCUGAUGACCCCAGGCAGGUGUAAACAAAGGUUUGGCACCCAUCUCACUAUACCCUCCCCUCAGAGCCCGACUGGGGUCCAGGGUGAGGCCUAGCUCCUGGUUUGGGGCUUCCACUUGUCUGAGAUAAGUGUGGGCUCAGCAUUCUGGGCCCUGACUGAAGACCCCUCCCAGUCCAUGAGUUGCUCCUGUGAACUCAGACUGGUUCUGGUGCCCCCACCCACCCUUCCACCUGCUUCUGCCCUUGGGAGUGUGGCUUGUUGGACGCUAUCCCCACAGAGCACAGCCAGCCUGGCCCUCUGUCACAGCAUAGCACGCACACACACCCUGCCACAGCCUGGGGCCAGUUACCAGGAGAGCCCUCCCUAGCGCAGAAGGAGUGCAGAGGUGGUGCAUCUGUGUACUUUCCUGGGCAUAGGCCUCAGGGACACCAGUAUUGAGCUUCCUCCUCUCACCCCAGCCCCCAGUGCCUUGGGUGCCUGGAAAUCUGUCAU